AUGUCAACGAGAAGUUUUCCAUUGACACAAGGUGAUGGAUACGGGAUUGUUGUUGGUUUUGGAGCGUUAUUCGCUAUUGGUAUGGUUGCUGCUACUUUCUGUUUAAAACGAUAUCAUGGUGAAGCAACAGAUUCAAGUGAAGGUUUUUCAACAGCUCAUCGAACAGUUAAAACAGGUCUUAUUGCAUCGGCUGUCGUCUCUUCAUGGACAUGGGCUGCUACUCUUUUACAAUCCAGUUCAGUUGCUUAUUCUUAUGGAAUUUCAGGUCCAUUUUGGUAUGCAAGUGGAGCAACUGUACAAAUAAUUUUAUUUUGUGUUAUUGCUAUUGAACUUAAACGUCGAGCUCCAUUUGCACAUACAUUUCUUGAAGUUAUUCAUGCUCGAUACGGUCCAAUAGUUCAUAUGGUUUAUAUUAUCUUUUGUUUAUGUACAAAUAUUCUUGUUACAUCAAUGUUAUUAACAGGUGGUUCGGCUGUUGUUCAUUCUCUUAGUGGAAUGCAUAUUGCUGCUGCAUGUUUUCUUUUACCAUUAGGAACAAUUAUUUAUACAAUGUUUGGAGGAAUUAAAGCUACUUUUCUUACAGAUUAUGCACAUACUGUAGUUGUUCUCAUUAUUAUUCUUUAUUUUGCAUUUGCUACUUAUGCAAAAUCAUCAUUACUUGGUUCACCAUCGAUAGUCUAUGAUUUAUUGGUUAAUGCCAGUAAAAUGCAUCCAAUUGAAGGUAAUGCAGAAGGAUCUUAUUUGACUAUGCGAUCAUCAGAUGGAGCAAUAUUUUUUAUUAUUAAUAUUAUUGGAAAUUUUGGAACUGUCUUUCUCGAUAAUGGAUAUUAUAAUAAGGCAAUUGCUGCUUCACCUGUUUCUGCUCUACCUGGUUACAUUCUUGGUGGUAUUUCAUGGUUUGCUGUUCCAUUUCUUGCUGCUACUACAAUGGGAUUGGCUGCUGUUGCAUUGGAAAAUAAUCCAGCAUUUCCUAGUUAUCCACAUCGAUUAGAUGUAGCUGAUGUGAUCGCCGGUUUAACUUUGCCAGCUGCUGCUGUAGCUCUACUUGGAAAAGCUGGAGCAAUAGCCACUUUAAUCAUGGUUUUUAUGGCUGUCACAAGUGCUAUGUCUGCUCAAUUGAUUGCUGUAAGUUCGAUUAUUACUUAUGAUCUUUACAAAACCUAUUUCAAUCGAGAAGCUAGUGGCAAAAAACUUAUCUACAUUUCACAUGUUUCGGUAGUGAUAUUUGGUCUUCUUAUGAGUGCUUGGUCAAUUGGAUUAUAUUAUAUUAAUAUAAGUUUGGGCUAUUUAUAUUUAUUGAUGGGUGUAAUUAUUUCAAAUGCCGUCGUACCGGGUGCUUUGACAUUACUAUGGAAUCGACAAAGUAAAUGGGCAGCUUGUCUUUCGCCACCAUUAGGUCUAGCUUGUUCAAUCACCGCAUGGUUAGUCACAACUAAAACUAAAUAUGGUGCAAUUACUGUUGAAACAAGUGGAUCAAAUAUUCCUAUGCUUGUCGGUAAUGUUGUUGCUUUAUGUAGUCCUAUUCUAUUCGUAUCUGUUCUUUCAUUGAUUCUACGUGAUAAAGUACCGUAUGAUUUUAAUUCGAUGAAAGAAAUUAAAUGUGAUAAUGAAGAAUCGGGAAAUACUCCAAAUUUGACUUCAGAAGAACUUGAACAUGAAGUAAAUUUACUAACAAGAAAUUUAAAUAUUGCACGAAUUACAGCAAUUGUUCUUACAUUAUGUUUAAUCAUACUUUGGCCAUGGCCUAUGUAUGGAACAGCAUAUGUUUUUAGUAAACGCUUUUUUACUGGUUGGGUUAUUGUUGGAAUUAUUUGGAUAUUUAUAUCAUUUUUCAUUGUUGGAAUUUAUCCACUUGUCGAAGGUCGUCAUUCAAUUGUAUCUGUUACUAAAAAGAUGUUUAAAGAUUUGAUGAUGACCUGUCGAAAACAUACUGCUGAUGAUAUACAGAUGAACGAUACAAUAAUAGAAAAAAGCAAGAAUUCUGCGGACAAUAAUCUAAUAGUAUUUUUCUAA